AUGGUGGUGAUGAUAGUGAUGUUGAUGAUGAUGAUGAUGUUUGAUAGUUGUUGCAUGAACUUGGAUGAACAGGUGUGUUUCUCAUCACAUAUAUAAUAUAGCUCUGCUGUUUUCAUCCCUAUUGAAAACGGCCACUAUCCUCCCCUGUGUCUUCACAGAUCUCCGCUAAAGGACUAGCUACAUUACCUUACCGCUGUUCCAGGCAGCGUACUAACCGAAAGGACAGGAAGAACGAGUCUUAUUCUGCUGAUCCCUGCAUCUCUGGGACAUAUUUUUUUUUUAAAGUGCUCUCUGUAUGAAAAGCGUCCCUCCCUGCGCACCACCACCACCAUCGCCCCUUCACCCACAGAACGGGUACCAACUGGUGGCUGAGCAGAGGCAGCAGAGGCUGAGAAGGGAGGUGGCGAGUGCUCCGAGGCAGGCAGCCUCAAACGCAGCCCUCCCCCUCUCCCUCCAGACAGACGCCCCCCGGGGGUGAAUGUGAUAUAUGGCCGGCUCCAUGGUUACCGUGGGCUGUGACUUAUAGCGCCCCGCCACACCGGAGGAGGGGGGUUCUCCAUCUCUCUCCACAACGACCUUCACGUGGUGUUUUUUUUUUUUUUUUUUUUUUUUUUUAUCUCCGAGCAGAUCGUCUUCCCCCCGGAGCUGUAAACACGUCCUCCUGCCCCGCAGCUGCCCAGUGCGCAGGUGCCAAUAGAAACAGGUAGGCUAUGGUUCACUAUUCUAUCCUCACGUUACCUGUAUGUUUCUAGAUACACACCCUACGACAGUGUUAUAGGAGGCCUGAGUAGUGACAGUAAUGACAAUAGUAGCCCAGCAUGCCGCUACUGCAGUAGCCUAUUCAGCCUAUCAUUUUACUGGACGUGUAUGUAACCAGUUACUGUAAGUCGAUGGGUAUAUAUCAACAAGGAGGCUGGUAUAGAGCUGGUGAUGGGAUACCGAUGUAUAUUAAAGGUGUUGAUGUGAUACCGAUGUAUAUUAAAGGUGGUGAUGUUAUACUGGUGUAUAUUUAAGGUGUUGAUGGGAUACUGAUGUAUAUUAAAGGUGGUGAUGGGAUACCGAUGUAUAUUGAAUGUGGUGAUGUGAUACUGAUGUAUAUGUCAGCCUGUGAUUCAUAACUGUCUAGCAUAUACAGUGGGGAAAAAAAGUAUCUAGUCAACCACCAAUUGUGCAAGUUCUCCCACUUAAAAAUAUGAGAGAGGCCUGUUUCAUCAUAGGUACACGUCAACUAUGACAGACAAAUUGAAAAAAAAAUUCUCUAGAAAAACACAUUGUAGGAUUUUUAAUGAAUUUAUUUGCAAAUUAUGGUGGAAAAUAAGUAUUUGGUCACCUACAAACAAGCAAGAUUUCUGGCUCUCACAGACCUGUAAUAGGUAAGCAGCUUGGUUUGAAGAAAUCAACUGUGGGAGCAAUUAUUAGGAAAUGGAAGACAUACAAGACCACUGAUAAUCUCCCUCGAUCUGGGGCUCCACGCAAGAUCUCACCCCGUGGGGUCAAAAUGAUCACAAGCAAAAAUCCCAGAACCACACGGGGGGACCUAGUGAAUGACCUGCAGAGAGCUGGGACCAAAGUAACAAAGCCUACCAUCAGUAACACACUACGCCGCCAGGGACUCAAAUCCUGCAGUGCCAGACGUGUCCCCCUGCUUAAGCCAGUACAUGUCCAGGCCCGUCUGAAGUUUGCUAGAGUGCAUUUGGAUGAUCCAGAAGAGGAUUGGGAGAAUGUCAUAUGGUCAGAUGAAACCAAAAUACAACUUUUUGGUAAAAACUCAACUCGUCAUGUUUGGAGGACAAAGAAUGCUGAGUUGCAUCCAAAGAACACCAUACAUGAAGCAUGGGGGUGGAAACAUCAUGCUUUGGGGCUGUUUUUCUGCAAUGGGACCAGGACGACUGAUCCGUGUAAAGGAAAGAAUGAAUGGGGCCAUGUAUCGUGAGAUUUUGAGUGAAAACCUCCUUCCAUCAGCAAGGGCAUUGAAGAUGAAACGUGGCUGGGUCUUUCAGCAUGACAAUGAUCCCAAACACACCACCCGGGCAACGAAGGAGUGGCUUCGUAAGAAGCAUUUCAAGGUCCUGGAGUGGCCUAGCCAGUCUCCAGAUCUCAACCCCAUAGAAAAUCUUUGGAGGGAGUUGAAAGUCCGUGUUGCCCAGCGACAGCCCCAAAACAUCACUGCUCUAGAGGAGAUCUGCAUGGAGGAAUGGGCCAAAAUACCAGCAACAGUGUGUGAAAACCUUGUGAAGACUUACAGAAAACGUUUGACCUGUGUCAUUGCCAACGAAGGGUAUACAACAAAGUAUUGAGAAACUUUUGUUAUUGACCAAAUACUUAUUUUCCACCAUAAUUUGCAAAUAAAUUCAUAAAAAUUGAUUUUUUUUCUCAUUUUGUCUGUCAUAGUUGACGUGUACCUAUGAUGAAAAUUACAGGCCUCUCUCAUCUUUUUAAGUGGGAGAACUUGCACAAUUGGUGGCUGACUAAAUACUUUUUUUCCCCCACUGUAUGUGUAUUUAAUGUGAUAUAGUGAUUUUAUUACUAAUGUGUAUUUAUUUUGAUACUAAUGUGUAUUUAAACUGGGAAUGCAAUGGUAAUGUAAUACUAGUGUGUAUUUUAGGAUAUACUCUAAAAAUUAAGAAUUAAGAAAUUAGAAAAAAUAAAUAAAAAUAAUUGUAAAGUGGUUGUCCCACUGGCUAUCAUAAGGUGAAUGCAUCAAUUUGUAAGUGGCUCUGGAUAAGAGCGUCUGCUAAAUGACGUAAAUGUAAAUGUAUUUAAGCUGGUAAUGCCAUGGUAAUGUGAUACUGGUGUUUGUCAGCCUGUGAUUCAUAACUGUCGAGGAUUAUUCCAAUUUGUCUCUGGUUUAAUAUUUCAUUCAGACCUCUUCAAUAAUGCAGACCAAGCUCCUCUUGGCUGCUUCAGUCCUUCAACAGAUCAAAUAUUACCAAUCUGCUCCCCAUUAUGUAAAAUAGACAUCAAGUUAGUCCCAAAUGGCACCCCGUUCCCUAUAUAGUGCACUACUUUAGACCUGGGUCCAUAUGGCUGUGGGCAGAAGUACUGCAGUAGGUGGGGAAUAGGACUGUAUUUAGGAUGGACACAUCAACACCUGCUUCCCUCUCUCCAGCAUCUAGAGCCUAGGAUAGAUGUGGUAAUGGGAGACUAAUGUAUGUGUGGACAGUUGAGAGAUUGUGUAUGGCUGGAUCCCAAAUGGUACCCUAUUCUCUAGUGUACUACUUUUGACCAGCACCCUAUGGGCCCUGGUCUAAAGUAGUGCACUAUAUAGGGAAUAGGGUACCAUUUGGGAAGCUGACAGAGUGUAUCUAUCCCAUAGAGAUUGUAUGGAAUGGAUGGAGCACUCAGCUGCUAAUCAGGUUAUCCUGGAGGUCUUACCGGCCAAUGGAAGAGUUGAUCCAGUAUGACUGGGGAUACUAUUGAUCUGUGGCUCGUAUGAAAGACAACUCACAGCCAGUAAUCAGCUAAUACAAGCAGACAGGAUGGCGCCUCCUCUAUCACAUUAGUCAUAAUGUAGAGAAGAUCUCCAACAUAACAUGGAGAAUCUCCUUGUAAAAUGCUGUUCAGUCCAGGACUAUAGUGUAAUUGGUGUCCAGGUAACCAGCCUUGUUUGCAGCUAGUGACAUGAUUAAGAACUUUUAUAUUUUAAAAAAUUGUGUUGUGUUUGUAAAUGUGUGAAUCGUAUCUAACCAUCCUAUCAUCCUAUCCUAUCGUCUUAUCAUCCUAUCCUAUCAUCCUAUCCUAUCAUUCUACCAUCAUUUCAUCAUAUCCUAUCAUCCUAUCAUAUCAUCCUAUCAUAUCAUCGUGUAUUAUCAUCCUAUCAUCCCAUCCUAUCAUCCUAUACUAUCAUUCUACCAUCAUUUCAUCAAAUCCAUCAUCCUAUCAUAUCAUCCUAUCAUAUCAUCCUAUCAUAUCAUCGUAUCAUCCCAUCCUAUCAUCCUAUCCUAAGAUCGCCCCCCCCUCUGCCCUCUUCCUCCACCAUGACGGUUGCUACGGGUGACCUGGGGGAUGAGGCGGCGGCCCAUCCCGGUGACCUGUACGAACCAGAACCGGACUACGAGUGCUGUGAACGCGUUGUCAUCAAUAUCUCCGGGCUGCGCUUCGAGACGCAGCUGAAGACCCUCUCCCAGUUCCCUGAGACCCUGCUGGGGGACCCCAAGAAGAGAAUGAGGUAACUAGAGUACUUGUUUUUUUAGUUUUCGUUUUUUUUAGGGGGUAGAUCAGCUUUAAUAUUGCAGAUAGAUUGUAACUUCCAUCAAUGUAAUUGUCUGCAUCACUUCCAAUCCCCCAUAUGUUUUUUUCUCUCUCGCAUAUAUAUAUAUAUAUAUAUAUAUAUAUAUAUAUAUAUAUAUAUAAUAUAUAUAUAUAUAUAUAUAUAUAUAUAUAUAUAUAUACAGUGGGGGAAAAAAGUAUUUAGUCAGCCACCAAUUGUGCAAGUUCUCCCACUUAAAGAGAUGAGAGAGGCCUGUAAUUUUCAUCAUAGGUACACGUCAACUAUGACAGACAAAUUGAGAUUUUUUUUCUCCAGAAAAUCACAUUUUAGGAUUUUUUAUGAUUUAUUUGCAAAUUAUGGUGGAAAAUAAGUAUUUGGUCACCUACAAACAAGCAAGAUUUCUGGCUCUCACAGACCUGUAACUUCUUCUUUAAGAGGCUCCUCUGUCCUCCACUCGUUACCUGUAUUAAUGGCACCUGUUUGAACUUGUAAUCAGUAUAAAAGACACCUGUCCACAACCUCAAACAGUCACACUCCAAACUCCACUAUGGCCAAGACCAAAGAGCUGUCAAAGGACACCAGAAACAAAAUUGUAGACCUGCACCAGGCUGGGAAGACUGAAUCUGCAAUAGGUAAGCAGCUUGGUUUGAAGAAAUCAACUGUGGGAGCAAUUAUUAGGAAAUGGAAGACAUACAAGACCACUGAUAAUCUCCCUUGAUCUGGGGCUCCACGCAAGAUCUCACCCCGUGGGUUCAAAAUGAUCACAAGAACGGUGAGCAAAAAUCCCAGAACCACACGGGGGGACCUAGUGAAUGACCUGCAGAGAGCUGGGACCAAAGUAACAAAGCCUACCAUCAGUAACACACUACGCCGCCAGGGACUCAAAUCCUGCAGUGCCAGACGUGUCCCCCUGCUUAAGCCAGUACAUGUCCAGGCCCGUCUGAAGUUUGCUAGAGUGCAUUUGGAUGAUCCAGAAGAGGAUUGGGAGAAUGUCAUAUGGUCAGAUGAAACCAAAAUAUAACUUUUUGGUAAAAACUCAACUCGUCGUGUUUGGAGGACAAAGAAUGCUGAGUUGUAUCCAAAGAACACCAUACCUACUGUGAAGCAUGGGGGUGGAAACAUCAUGCUUUGGGGCCUCCUUCCAUCAGCAAGGGCAUUGAAGAUGAAACGUGGCUGGGUCUUUCAGCAUGACAAUGAUCCCAAACACACCGCCCGGGCAACGAAGGAGUGGCUUCGUAAGAAGCAUUUCAAGGUCCUGGAGUGGGCUAGCCAGUCUCCAGAUCUCAACCCCAUAGAAAAUCUUUGCAGGGAGUUGAAAGUCUGUGUUGCCCAGCGACAGCCCCAAAACAUCACUGCUCUAGAGGAUAUCUGCAUGGAGGAAUGGGCCAAAAUACCAGCAACAGUGUGUGAAAACCUUGUGAAGACUUACAGAAAACGUUUGACCUGUGUCAUUGCCAACAAAGGGUAUAUAACAAAGUAUUGAGAAACGUUUGUUAUUGACCAAAUACUUAUUUUCCACCAUCAUUUGCAAAUAAAUUCAUAAAAAAUCCUACAAUGUGAUUUUCUGGAUUUUUUUUUCUCAUUUUGUUUGUCAUAGUUGACGUGUACCUAUGAUGAAAAUUACAGGCCUCGCUCAUCUUUUUAAGUGGGAGAACUUGCACAAUUGGUGGCUGACUAAAUACUUUUUUUCCCCACUGUAUAUUUUUCAACUGUACUGUGAUGUUUUACAAAAGUUCUGAACCUUUCUAUUCUCAUUGUUUCUACAGUUUGUGAAUUGAAAAUAAACAUUUUUGCUAAAAGUAUUAUUAUAUUAUUGAUCGAUUGACUAUGACUUUUCAGAUCACCCAGUAGUGCUAUCUACAGGGUCAGCUCCAUCCAAAUAUUGCAAUCCUUUAGCCAUUCCUGGACCUGUGUCCAGAAACAAGCUACAAAUGGACAGUACCAUAACAAAUGAUCUAAUGAUUCUGUCUCUUCGCAGCAAAAUCUGCAGAGCUGGGAAGAUUGUAUCCCCCAUACAAAUAACAUUCUAUUGGUAGCAAGAAUUUUAUAUAAUAAUUUAAAUUGAAAGAUUCUAUGUUUUGAAUCCAGUGUCGUUUUGCGUAUCAGUUCAUAAACACUAUGCCAUGGAAUCGGUACGUCAAAAAUCUCUUCCCAACUAUUUUGCAAUCUAUAUAUAAUAAUAAUAAUAAUAUGCCAUUUAGCAGGCGCUUUUAUCCAAAGCGACUUACAGUCGUGCGUGCAUAAAUUUUUGUGUAUGGGUGGUCCCGGGGAUCGAACCCACUACCUUGGCGUUACAAGCGCCGUGCUCUACCAGCUGAGCUACAGAGGACCACCCAUAUAUGGGACAGCUGUCAAUCUUUUGGUCCUUAAAUGAAACUGAUCAACUUUUUAUUUAUCACAGUUUUCCUUAACCAAUUAUGUUCUUUAAUGCCGACAGACAAGUUCCUUACUUUCUCCCCCUUCCACUUUCCUCUUCCAUUUUUGCGGUAAGGCUGCAAUUAUUUGGUUGUAAUUUUGAACAUUUUGAACAUUGGGUGAGACAAUGUUACUAGUUUGCUAGAGAACCAGUUCGGAUUUAAGUAUAAUUUUUUAAUGACUGAAGCUUUUAAUGAUAGGUCUAAUGCUUUAAUAUUUAAUCAUUUCUGUCCUCCGAAUUCAUAUUCAUUAUAUAAAUAGGCCCGUUUAAUUUUGUCUGGCUUGCCGUUCCAAAUAAAAUUGAAUAUUUUUUUCUCAUAUAAUUUAAAAAACUGUUCGCUAGGCGUAGGCAAGACCAUAAGCAAAUAGGUAAACUGGGAUAAUACUAAAGAGUUAAUCAGGGUGAUUUUUCCACAAAUUGACAGGUAUUUACCUUUCCAUGGUAGCAAGAUCUUAUCUAUUUUUGCUAACUUUCAAUUAAAAUCUUUUGGAGUGAGAUCAUUUAUUUCCUUUGGGAUAUGUAUUCCGAGUAUAUCCACAUCACCAUCAGACCAUUUUAUUGGUAAACUACAUGAUAAUGUAAAAAUUGUAUUUUUUAGUGAUCCAAUAUGUAAUAUAGUACAUUUAUCAUAAUUUGGUUGUAAUCCAGAGAGGUUAGAAAAUGUAUCUAGAUCCUCUAUGAGGCUGUGGAGGGAUUCAAGUUGUGGAUUUAAAAGAAAACAUGAAUCAUGACACCUUUGUUUUUAAGCCCUGGAUUUCUAAUCCCUUGAUAUUUUUGUUGGAUCUGAUUUUAAUAGCUAACAUCUCGAUGGCAAUAAUAAAUAGAUAUGCCGAUAUUGGACAACCUUGUUUCACUCCUCUUGACAGUUUAAAACUUUCGGAGAAAUAGCCAUUAUUUACUAUUUUACACCUAGGGUUACUAUACAUGAUUUUAACCCAAUUUAUAAGAGAUUGUCCAAAAUUGAAAUGCUCCAGGCAUUUAUAUAUAAACCCCAGUCGUACUUUAUCAAAUGCCUUUUCGAAGUCUGCUAUGAAUAGUAGGCCUGGUUUCCCAUAUUUUCCAUAGUGUUCUAUUGUUUCCAAUACUUGCCUUAUAUUAUCUCCAAUGUAUCUUCCAUGUAAAAAAUCUGUCUGAUAAGAAUGAAUAAUGUCCGACAAUACCUUUUUAAUUCUAUGCGCUAUACAUUUUGCUAGAAUUUUUGCAUCACAACACUGAAGUGUAAGGGGCCGCCAAUUUUUUAAUGGACUGGAUCUUUAUAUUUUCCACUUGUAUCCUGUUUCAGUAAUAAUGAAAUCAGGCCUUCUUCUUGAGUGUCUGAUAAUCUACCAUUUACAUAGGAGUGGUUAAAACAUGCUAAUAACGGUCCUCUGAGUAACUAGAGUACUUUAGUAAUAUUGGUUGUACUGUGUCUGUAUGUUAACUCCAAUAAGAUAAUGAGGUAACUAUAGUACUUAUACAUAUUACUCUUUAAUGUUUGCCGUUUAUUGUAAUUUCUUUCAGUUUGUAUCUACUAGUGACAUUGAGGGCUCUAUUCAAUCCGUAUUGCGGAAAUUCAGUGUUACAGCGUGAUUGAAAUGUAAAAGCAAUGUUCCCGUGUUCCCACGGAGACUGCAUUCACAGUAAAAGCUGCAAAUGUUGGCUCAAUCGGAAAUUAACUUUCCAUUUCUAUCUCGUAAUCUGUAACGCUUCAGCAAUACACAUUUAACAGAGCUAUCUCGUAAUCUGUAACGCUUCAGCAAUACACAUUUAACAGAGCUUCUAAAUCUAUAAAGUAUUAAUACAUCAUACAACCCCCCAAAUCAACCCUCUCAUACAACCCCCCCAAAUCAACCCUCUCUUUCUCCAGGUACUUUGACCCUCUGAGGAACGAGUAUUUCUUCGACAGGAACCGGCCCAGCUUCGAUGCUAUCCUCUAUUACUACCAGUCAGGAGGGAGGCUGCGUCGGCCGGUUAAUGUCACUCUAGACAUCUUCUCCGAGGAGAUCCGCUUCUACGAGCUGGGAGAGGAGGCAAUCGAGAUCUUCAGGGAGGAUGAGGGCUUCAUCAAGGAGGAAGAGCGUCCUCUCCCAGAGAACGAGUUCCAGAGACAGGUAUAUUCUAAUGAUGUAUCUUUUUAUCUUAGGCUGCAGUUACAGGGCACAAUUAGAAAAGCAAUUUUAGCUGCUUGCAACUGAGUUGCUUCUUGAUUGCUCGUGAAACACCCCCCCCCCCCCCCCCCCCCCCCCAUGCAACUAAUAAGCAACUCAACUGAAACGUCCAGUUGAAACUUUUCAACUUUGUGCAACUCGUUGCAAACAACAGCGAAUCAAAACGAAUGCUUUUGUCAAAUGAUCCAUUUGAAGGUUGGGAACUCCAGCCCAGUAGUCAUGUCAACACAGCUGUCAAUGCUGCGGAACAGUGGACGGGACAUUACACUAACGGGACCUGGAUAAAUAAAUAGUGGCAUCAGGACUAGUAAAGGUGUUUGUCCAUCAGGACUAGUAAAGGUUUAUGUCCAUCAGGACUAGUAAAGGUUUAUGUCCAUGGUUUGGAAGUAAAUGACUACAGUAAAACCCAGACCUCUCUCUGACCAGUUUCAACUGAAAUUGUUCAACAUGAGCUGCACUCGUUAGAAAGCUUGUUGUUAGCUUGGUUAGCUCGUUGCUAGCUCUCUAGCUAGCUUGAUCAAACAGUGCUGGCAAUUUCAGUUUGUCUAGCUAGCUAAAUUGUACAGCCAGCAUUUUUUAUAAAUCAAUAAUGGAACGGUUGAAUAAACAAAUAAUUUGUGAAAUCACACUGUAACGCGGCAGAUGACAUGGGGUGAGUUUAGAAUUCUCAAACAAUAUGACAGAAGCAUCUUCAAUUUGAUUGGCUGUUGCAUUACAUUUUUAUGGCGUUUGAGUUUCUUCAUGUAACAGCAAAGUUGCUUUAGAUGAUGUCACUUUCAACCUGCAACUGCAACUAAAAUUGUGUGAAAAGUUGCUUUGUGUAACUCCAGCCAUAUGCAUUAAUUAGUGGCACAAUGUCUAGUUAAUCUAAACUGGACCAUGAGUUCUGAUAAUAUCAAGUACAACUCAGAGACUGUUUGCUGUCUGCUGUACAUUUUAUGAAUAAAAACAUUGACCUUUGACCUUGAACAGGUGUGGCUGCUGUUUGAGUAUCCAGAGAGUUCCGGCGCGGCCCGCAUCAUCGCCAUCAUCAGCGUCAUGGUGAUCCUGAUCUCCAUCGUGUCCUUCUGCCUGGAGACACUCCCCGUGUUCCGGAACGACGAAGAGGACGAUGGGAACAAGGUGUUCCAGCCCUUCAACAACUCCACCUCUUCCUCCACCUCCUCCUACUUCACCGAUCCGUUCUUCAUCCUGGAGACGCUCUGCAUCAUCUGGUUCUCCUUCGAGUUCCUGGUCCGCUUCUUCGCGUGUCCUAGUAAAGCCGGGUUCUUCGGUAACAUCAUGAAUAUCAUCGAUAUUGUGGCGAUUAUCCCGUAUUUCAUCACGUUGGGCACCGAGCUGGCAGAGAAACCGGAGGACGGGCAGGCAGGGCAGCAGGCCAUGUCCCUGGCCAUCCUCAGGGUCAUCCGUCUGGUCAGGGUGUUCAGGAUCUUCAAGCUGUCCAGACACUCCAAGGGUCUCCAGAUCCUGGGCCAGACCCUGAAGGCCAGCAUGCGGGAGCUGGGCCUCCUCAUCUUCUUCCUCUUCAUCGGAGUCAUCCUCUUCUCCAGCGCCGUCUACUUCGCCGAGGCCGACGAGGCGGACUCGCAGUUCAGCAGCAUCCCAGAAGCCUUCUGGUGGGCCGUGGUUUCUAUGACCACCGUCGGCUACGGCGACAUGGUGCCCACCACCAUCGGCGGGAAGAUCGUGGGCUCGCUCUGCGCCAUCGCCGGCGUGCUGACCAUCGCCCUGCCCGUCCCCGUCAUCGUGUCCAACUUCAACUACUUCUACCAUCGGGAGACGGAGGGGGAGGAGCAAGCGCAGUAUCUGAACACUCCCGUCGCCCCGAAGGCCGACUCAGCCGAGGACCUGAAGAAGAGCGGCCGCAGCAGAAGCGGCUCCACCCUCAGUAAGUCAGACUACAUGGAGAUACAGGAAGCUGCACUGAACCACAGCACGGAGGACUUCAGAGCAGAGAGCCUCAAGACGGGCAACUGCACCCUGUUGGCUAAUGCUAGCACCCUGUUGGCUAAUGCUAGCACGGGUGCUAAUGCUAACACGUUGGCUAACACCAACUACGUCAACAUCACCAAGAUGAGAACGGAUGUAUAGCCUGCUUCUGGCGUUAUAACGGCGACUUCCUUGGCUGUAGAGGUGCAGGGGGACUGGAAGGAAAGAGUAGGGAGGAGAGGACUGAGGAAAGACCCCUACUCUCUCUGAUGUUGUAGAAGGCUUGCAGUCCCUACUGUGGGAGUCUAGACUGGAUCACUAAAACCCUGGUAAGAGUAGAGGUCCUGCAUCUCACCCCCCAAACGGAUCUGUUCCUAACUCAACCCCUUGCCCUUCCUUCUCCUGUUGGGAGUUGAAGCGUCUUUGUGUGUUGGGUGACUGCAUGGCGUUAGUCUGGCCUGUGUGACUGUUCAGCUGUCCCGUAGUCAUCUACCUGCUCCGCUCGCUGCAGUAGCCCGAUAGCAGCCCAACUGCCGACUGGGACUAGGCUAUAUAAACACACUGACAGCAAAGCAUGACCACACCUUUGUCUUAUUCCACACUCUGCUGGUCCCGUCAGCACAGAUCUAGCAUCAGCCUGCACUGAACAAAUCCUAGCCGUAACCGGUAGGAGAUAUACUGCAAAACUGACCUCAGAUCAGCCUCUCAUCUCCUAACUACUUAGCUCUAACUGCCAGCCCUGAACCUCUCUCCCACCCCGUACCCCCUGAACCUCUCUCACACCCCAUUUCCCCCUGAACCUAUCUCCCACCCCAUACCCCCUGAACCUCUCUCACACCCCAUUUCCCCCUGAACCUCUCUCCCACCCCAUACCCCCUGAACCUCUCUCCCACCCCUGUACCCCCUGAACCUCUCUCCCACCCCAUACCCCCUGAAACCUCUCUCCCACCUCGUACCCCCUGAACCUCUCUCACACCCCGUACCCCCUGAACCUCUCUCCCACCCGUACCCCCUGAACCUCUCUCCCACCCGUACCACUGAACCUCUCUCCCACCUCGUACCCCCUGAACCUCUCUCACACCCCGUACCCCUGAACCUCUCUCCCACCUCGUACCCCCUGAACCUCUCUCCCACCUCGUACCCCCUGAACCUCUCUCCCACCUCGUACCCCCUGAACCUCUCUCCCACCCCGUACCCCCUGAACCUCUCUCCCACCCGUACCACUGAACCUCUCUCCCCCCGUACCCCCUGAAACUCAACUAUGUGGACGUUAUUUCACCUCAGAAGAAUGUAAGAGGUAUUUCAACAAUGUGCUUAAUGUGUACACUGUCAGCUCUCUCUGGGCUCUCUUUCUAGCAGUCCCUGCCAGCCUAGGACCCGUCUCUCUGGGCUCUCUUUCUAGCAGUCCCUGCCAGCCUAGGACCCGUCUCUCUGGGCUCUCUUUCUAGCAGUCCCUGCCAGCCUAGGACCCGUCUCUCUGGGCUCUCUUUCUAGCAGUCCCUGCCAGCCUAGGACCCGUCUCUCUGGGCUCUCUUUCUAGCAGUCCCUGCCAGCCUAGGACCCGUCUCUCUGGGCUCUCUUUCUAGCAGUCCCUGCCAGCCUAGGACCCGACUCUUUCAUUUAAUGUGUCUUCAGAAAUUCCAUGGCAGUGGAUAAUAUGGAUGUAAACUCCCACCUUUCCUCCUCCGGGGGGGGUCUCUCUCUAGCCGGGGGGGGGGUCUCUCUAGCCGGGGGGGGGUCUCUCUCUAGCCGGGGGGGGGGGGGGGUCUCUCUCUAGCCGGAGGGGGGGGGGGGGGUCUCUCUCUAGCCGGGGGGGGGGGGGUAAUGUAAAUGUGGUGGGGGCGGGGCUUCUCUCACAGCAGAGUGAAUGUCUUUUAUUUAUUCAUGUGAACAUUUUAUUGGUCAUUAUUUAUGUCUUUGUAUAUCCCUGCGGUGCGGGUCUGAAUGUGUGUUUUUGGCUUGUGGUGGGUCCAGAUCCCAUCUGUUCUGGGUGGGAGAGAGACACCCAAGCUGAAGAACAAAUUACUAUCAUGUAGUCAUAUAGUCUACCUAUAGGGGUUGCUACUACUACCUAUGUUUCUCCCUCAUACCUACAUAUCUCCACCCCAUCCACUCUCCCCCUCUCCCCCUCUCUCUCCCUCUCUCCCCCUCUCUCCCUCUCUUUUACCCCCCCAUCCACUCUCCUCCCCCCCCCCCCCCCCCCCCCCCCCUCUUCCCCGUCCGACACUAACAGAAUACCGUUCAGUUCUGUUCCACUACCCAGUGAUAGUGAUGGCUGCUCCACUGCCCAGUGAUAGUGAUGGCUGACCCACUGCCCAGUGAUAGUGAUGGCUGACCCACUGCCCAGUGAUAGUGAUGGCUGCUCCACUUCCCAGUGAUAGUGAUGGCUGCUCCACUGCCCAGUGAUAGUGAUGGCUGCUCCACUGCUCAGUGAUAGUGAUGGCUGCUCCACUGCCCAGUGAUAGUGAUGGCUGCUCCACUGCCCAGUGAUAGUGAUGGCUGUUCCACUGCCCAGUGAUAGUGAUGGCUGCUCCACUGCCCAGUGAUAGUGAUGGCUGCUCCACUGCCCAGUGAUAGUGAUGUCUGUUCCACUGCCCAGUGAUAGUGAUGGCUGCUCCACUGCCCAGUGAUAGUGAUGGCUGUUCCACUGCCCAGUGAUAGUGAUGGCUGCUCCACUGCCCAGUGAUAGUGAUGGCUGUUCCACUGCCCAGUGAUAGUGAUGGCUGUUCCACUGCCCAGUGAUAGUGAUGGCUGUUCCACUGCCCAGUGAUAGUGAUGGCUGCUCCACUGCCCAGUGAUAGUGAUGGCUGUUCCACUGCCCAGUGAUAGUGAUGGCUGUUCCACUGCCCAGUGAUAGUGAUGGCUGUUCCACUGCCCUGUGAUAGUGAUGGCUGCUCCACUGCCCAGUGAUAGUGAUGGCUGUUCCACUGCCCAGUGAUAGUGAUGGCUGUUCCACUGCCCAGUGAUAGUGAUGGCUGUUCCACUGCCCAGUGAUAGGGGUGCCGUUUGGGGACGCAUCCAUAUGUCUGAUGUCAUCAUGCUGUCUGAUGUCAUCAUGCUGUCUGAUGUCAUCAUGCUGUAUGAAGCUAGCUGACUUCCUUCUACAUAGGUCAGAGGUCACCAAAGACAGACAGUCACUGCCAGAUGCCUAAAGCUUAGUCCCAAAUGGCACCCUAUUCCCUAUAUAGUGCACUACUUUAGACCAGAGAAUGGCACCCUAUUCCCUAUAUAGUGCACUACUUUAGACCAGAGAAUGGCACCCUAUUCCCUAUAUAGUGCACUACUUUAGACCAGAGAAUGGCACCCUAUUCCCUAUAUAGUGCACUACUUUAGACCAGAGAAUGGCACCCUAUUCCCUAUAUAGUGCACUACUUUAGACCAGAGCCCUAUGGCACCCUAUUCCCUAUAUAGUGCACUACUUUAGACCAGAGCCCUAUGACACCCUAUUUCCUAUAUAGUGCACUACUUUAGACCAGAGCCCUAUGACACCCUAUUCCCUAUAUAGUGCACUACUUUAGACCAGAGCCCUAUGACACCCUAUUUCCUAUAUAGUGCACUACUUUAGACCAGAGCCCUAUGACACCCUAUUCCCUAUAUAGUGCACUACUUUAGACCAGAGCCCUAUGACACCCUAUUCCCUAUAUAGUGCACUACUUUAGACCAGAGCCCCAUAGGGGAGCCAAAAUAGUGCACUACAUUAGGAAUAGGGUUCCGUUUGGGAUGCAUUCCUAAUGUUGCAUUGUAACAGAGAUUAAUUAAAAGUAAAGUGUACUGUAGUCGUUUUGUAUUCAUACUGAACAUUAUCGAUCAAUUCCUUGGUGCAUUUUUCCCAUUUAACUGACAUAAAGCUAUAGACAGGUUGGCUGGCAACGUCACGAAAGGUGUUGAGCGCUCAGCGAUGUGGCCAGAAGGGGUGCGUUGUUGUGAUUUCUGGACAGUCAGAUAGCUAGCACCAAGGAGAAGAAGCUGCCGUGUGGGGAAUCGUAGGUGGCUCGUUUUCAGCUCGUUGUAUCUUGUUAUUGAUAUCAUGUCUUGUUUUGACUGAUGUCAUGUCUAUGCUAAUAUGGCUAAAAUUAGCUAGCUAGCUAACCAACAACUGUAACAAUGUAUUUGAGAGACAACAAGUGCUCAUUGUGCAAAUGUAUUUAUGUUUUCAAUAAACAUUUGGUGAAGAAAUAUAGUUUAGAUGUUUUCAACAGUCUAAGCCAACCCUGUCAGUUUUGUUACUAAACAACCAAUCCUUCUAUAAUACUGGACAAUAUGUGAUGGGAUCUGUAUGAUGUCCAUAUUAGGAGAGCCUAGAUCUCAGUAGACCUGCACGGUGGCCAUAUUCGGACAACCUCAGUAUGAGAAUGCUUUCUUCGUCAGCUCUGUAUCAAUAGGACCUACUCUUCUCUUCUAGUGCUGUAUGCCCUUUCCAAUAAUCCUGUAGCAUGCUUAUGGUAUGGAUGAUUCUCAAAAGCAACAUCUAUAGUGAUGACAAGUUUUCUCUGUGAAAUGUUAGUAAUAAUGCUAUGUGCAAUAUCUACAAGACAAGUGACUGCUGCUGUAGGAGUGGUGUGACAUUGAGCCUACAGGAAGUUUCCUUUUUUUGUUUGAACUCAACAGAAAGGUUAA